AUGACGUCCGAAAAAAAGAAGAUGUUCCCAUUGUUUAAUUUGGAUGACAAUGACAUUGUUGAUAAUUCAUGUCAAAGGUAUGAAGACGAUACAAUUUCUGAUAAAGAUUUUGAGACUGCUCCAGUACCUAACAUCUCAGCUAUAGAAAACCAUAAUGAUCUGCAUGAUAUUGCUUCUUUUAUAAAAAAACGCUCUUUACAAGAAUCUGAAAUUAUUGCUUGCUUGAAAUUUACUUGGGAGCCACCACUUAGCUUUGCUUUUCCAGUACAAAUAGAAGGCAAUCGAACCCGUAAAUUUCAACAUAGAUAUUUACAACUGUUUCCUUGGUUGGCGUAUAGCAAAGAUAAACAAGGAGCUUUUUGUAAAUGGUGUGUUAUUUUUACAACUUCUGGUGGAGGAGUUGGCAACCAGCCUCUUGGUAAACUAGUUAAAGAAUCAAUGGUCAAAUAUAAGCAUGCUCUGACUGAUUUAAAUAAUCAUGCCAAGACUGAAUAUCAUCUUCUUGCAGCACAGAGGGCUAAUGAUUUUUUGCAUAACUAUGAAACUGGAAAUGAAAAAGCUGUAAAUGUACUUCUUGACAGCCGCAAUAAGCAAGUAAUAGAAUAUAAUCGCAAACGUCUCAUACCUAUAGUAAAAACAAUAAUAUUUUGCGCACAAAAUAAUUUAGCUCUACGUGGUCACCGAGAAAUAGGGUCAAUGAAAGAUAAUGACACAAGAGAUAAAUGUUUAACUGGAGAACAAGGAAUUUUUCGUGCCUUACUAUCUUAUAGAAUUGAAUGUGGCGAUUCAGAUCUUUUAACUCAUUUAGAAACUUCCAAUAAAAAUUAUGUACUAAACUGUGUAAUCCGUGAAGACUUCUUAGGUUUUAUCAAAAUGGAAUCAACAACAGGAAUUGCUAUAAUGACUGCCAUACAAAAUGAAUUAGAAAAUAUAGGUCUCACUUAUGAAAACCUUCGUGGGCAAGGUUAUGACGGAGGUUCCAAUAUGUCGGGCGUUAAUAAUGGUGUACAAUCAUUAAUUUUAAAAAAACAACCAUUGGCUUUUUACACGCAUUGUUUAAGUCAUUGUCUUAACUUAUGUUUGUCUAAAGCUUGUAAUGUACCUGCAAUUAAAAAUAUGAUGGGAACUAUUCAGUCUGUUUCUGGUUUUUUUUCUAACUCUGCAAAAAGAACAGAAAAACUUAAGUCUGUUAUAGAAAGUAGUGAAAUUUCAGAAUCUAAUGAACCCAGUUGUAUUAAAAAAAGAAAACUUAAAAUUAUAUGUGAAACCCGAUGGGUUGAAAGGCACACAGCUUAA